CAGCUAGGAGGAACCGAGGCGAGGAAGGGGAAUUGGAACUCCGAUUAGCACCCGCGGUCGCACAUAAUUAGCGUCAUCAAAAUACCCUGUGUCCCCGGUCGUUCUGUAUUCUUUCUUCUUCAUUUCCUCCACCGUCCACCUCCCCUCCGCUUCUUCUCCUCCCUUCCCGACUCCACCCCAUGAACACGAUCGCCUCCUCUCCACCGUUCCCCCCCACCUACGCGAAGUCCCCCGUGCUGUAUAUAUCCCGCGCGCGCCCAAUUCGGUCCGCGGCGUGUGAGGUCAAGUGCUGAGCCGAGCUCGCGCGCGUGGCAACAAGCAAGCAAGGAGAGCGGCGGCGCGGGAGGGGGAGGAGCGUAGCAUGCGGCGGUGAGAGGAAGGGAGGAGGAUCAGGGAGCCGAGAGAGCGAGAGAUAGAGGACGAUGCAGCUGCCGCAGCAGCAUCACAAGCCCAGUAAGCCCUCCACCCCCUCCUGCUGCUCGUCGUGGAUCCGGAGGUCCCCGCCGCCGUCGCCGCCGCACAAGAAGCCGGGCGGCGGCUGGAGGAGCCGGUACGUGUGCCGCCUCGUGCCGCUGCUCGUGCUCACCGUGUACAGCGUCUUCACCGUGCUCCACAUCCCCAGCUCCUCGCUCGUCGUCACCACCGCCGAUUCAGAGCGCGUGGAGAGGCGGGAGGACUUGGAGGCGCUCAAGACCCACCUGCCGUCGAACCAGAACAGCCUCAAGGCCCGCGAGGAGACGCGCUCCGUCGCCUCCCUGCCCUGCUCGGCGUUCAUCAACGGUGAGGCGGGGCAGGGCGAGGAGGGCGUGCUGUGCUGCGACCGGAGCCACUACCGCAGCGACGUGUGCUACCUCCGCGGCGACGUGCGCACGGACCCGUCUACCUCGUCGGUGCUCCUGUACGGCGCGCCCCGCGGGAGCGCCCCUGAGAAGGUGCGGCCGUACACGCGCAAGUUCGAGGACAGCAUCAUGAGCACCAUCGACGAGGUGACCAUCCUGCCCGUGCCCGGCGCCUACAACGCGAGUGCGGGCGGCGGCAGCCUGCGGCGCCGGUGCGACGUGCGGCACCCGCGCGGCGUCCCGGCGGUGGUGUUCUCGACGGGCGGGUACACGGGCAACGUGUACCACGAGUUCAGCGACGGGCUUAUCCCGCUGUUCAUCACGGCGCAGCGAUUCGCCGGCGAGGUGGUGUUCGUGGUCCUCGAGUACCACUACUGGUGGCUGGGCCGCUACGGCGCCGUCCUGGAGCGGCUCACCAACCACAAGGUGGUGGACUUCCGCUACGACCGCCGCGUCCACUGCUUCGACGAGAUGAUCGUCGGCCUCCGCAUCCACGGCGAGCUCGUCGUCGACCCCAAGCUCAUGCCCAAUGGCAAGGGCAUCAAGGAUUUCCAGGCGCUCCUUCACCAGGGCUACAGUCGGAUGCCGUCAUCGUCUUCGACAUCGCAUGCGCCGGUGCCGCUCCCUCUCGCGCCGCCGUCCCGGCCGUGCCCACGCUCGGCCAAGCCGAAGCUGCUCAUCUUCAUCCGCAAGCAGAACCGCGUGCUGCUCAACCUGCCCCACGUCGUGACCGCUUGCCGCCGCGCCGGUUUCGCGCCGCACGUCAUGAACCUGCGGCGGCAGACCCCUCUCCCCGCCAUCCACACCGCGCUGGCCUCGGCCGACGCCAUGGUCGCCGUGCACGGUGCCGCGGUCACCCACUUUCUCUUCAUGCGCUCGGGGUCGGUGCUCCUCCAAAUCGUGCCCGUCGGACUCGACUGGGCCGCCGAUGCCUUCUACGGCAAGCCGGCCCAGCAGCUCGGGCUAGAGUACCUCGAGUACAAGGUGGCGCCCGAGGAGAGCUCGCUCGCCGCGGAGUACGGCCUCAAUAGCACCGUGGUGCAGGACCCCUCCGUGAUCAGCAGCCGCGGCUGGUGGGAAAUGAAGAAGGUGUACAUGGACCGACAGAACGUCACCGUCAACAUCAAGAGGUUCGGCGAGCUACUCCGGACGGCACGGCAGCACCUCAAGAACAGUACGGCGUGCGCCAAGGGCACGAGCGCGGCACUGAGGAAGAGGAGGGGUAUAAAAGAGGGAUAAAAAGGAGAUGAGAUCCUGUAAAUACGAUUGGGUUCGUUGAGAUUGGUAGGGGUCGCCUCCGUGCACAAUGCAUUCGUUCGGUUCGUGUUGUUAUUAGGUGAGAGGAGGAAGAAUAAUUUAUGGUUGGGGCCAGCUCUCCUGAAACAGCUUCUUGUUUACAGUAGGUCAUAGCAGCUUUUCUCCCUUUUUUUUUUUCCUUUUCUCCUCCCCUCUUUUUCAUUUUCUUUGUUCCUUUCUUUCUCAUUCUUUGGGUGUCCUGAUGAUGUAAGAAACAACAUUCCGUAACAAAGAGCAAUAGAAAUCCAGUCUCUCUUCACAGGUCA